AUGCCUCUACAAAUGCGAGUGGCCACCGAGGCCGACACAGACGCCAUCGCACGUCUAGCCAGAGCUGCGUUUGACCCUGCCACUGAUGCCAUCGCUCGGAACCUCUUUCCGAAGAGGCUGCGGCCGGCGGUGCCUGCGCCUGAGGACCCUGCCAUCGCGUGGCGGCGCACGCGCAAGGGAAUCAAAAUGCAGACGGAGCGCAUCCUGCUAAUGGUGGUGACGGACGACGCGCUCGACGGUCAGGUCGUUGGCUUCUCUAUGUGGGAGGAGCCGCUGCCCGAGGGCCAGGCGGGCGAGUCUAUGACUAAAAGCGUCGUGCCGUGCGAGACGCUGGAUGAGGAUGCGUUCCGGGAGUUGCGGCGGGCGAGCGAGGUGGCGACGAUAGACUUUCUCGGCAAGGACGGCUCCAAGCACAUGUGGUAUCUUGACUACCUGGGGGUCGACCCAGGACAUCAACGCAGAGGAAUCGGCAAGAUGUUGCUUAAUUGGGGCUUGGAUAAGGCACAGAAGCAGAACAGGGACGUAUAUUUGAUUGCAACGCCGGCUGGAAUUCCGCUAUACCAGGCAGCUGGAUUUGAAGACCUGGGCUCGUUUAUGUUGUUUGACACACCACAUAACGGCAUGAUUAAGAGGCGGGCGGCACCAUAA